ACAAAAAGAGGAACCAUUAGUUCGCUCUUCUAUAUCACAACCUUUUCUUGACAAAACCAGCAGAAGACGUUUCAGUCAGUCUUCAGCUUAAGUGGCUUUGGACUGGAAUUCCUGUAAUUGCUCACCAUAUUUUUUAGUUUUGUGCUCAUGUCUCCUAGAAAAUGAGUGACGGAGGUAUGGACACUGGUGGUCAUGUGGAGUAUUUAUGUGAAGCCUUUUUUGACUUUGAAACCAUCAGCGGUUCCAUCUUCAUUUUGAUCUUCCUCUUCAGUGUCACAGGCAACACUCUCCUUCUAUGUGUUCUUGUCUUCUAUGAGGAUCUAAAAAAUGUCACAAAUAUAUUCAUCUUGAACUUGGCCUGCUCAGAUUUGGUCUUCACUGUCACACUUCCGUUCUGGGCUGUCUAUCAAAUGCACCACUGGAUCUUUGGCGAAAUUGCCUGUAAACUUUUGACUGCGGCAUACAUCGUUGGUUUGUACAGUAGCACCAUUCUGCUGACUGCCAUGACUGUGGAUCGUUUCAUAACAGUGGUGCUGUACAGCUGGCCAAACAACCCUGCGAAGAGGCAGAUGUGCGCGAUAGCCGCCUGUGUAGCUGCCUGGGUCAUCAGCAUUGCAGCAUCUGUGAGUGAUGCUAUCAAAGUAAAGGUGGAAACUCAAUGGGACGUUUCUGUGUGUGAAGAUCCCUCCGAUGGCUCUGAUGUCAACCUUGGAUAUUAUCUCCAAGUGUCGCUGCUUUUCUUCGUCCCAUUUGUAAUCAUUGUCUUCUGCUAUGCUGCCAUCCUCAAGACAGCUUUGCAAACUUCUAACAAAAAAAGGCGCCGGACCAUCAUGGUUGUGUUCUGUAUUGUCACAGCCUUUUUCAUCUCCUGGGGACCUUUCAAUAUUGUGCUACUCAUCCAGAGUUUGUAUGAGCCCGUGGGCUGUUAUGCAAAGGAAACGUUGUAUGUUGCCUACUCUGUUUGUCGUAUACUUGCUUUUUCUCACUGCUGUAUGAACCCUCUGCUGUAUAUGCUCUCACAAAAGUUUCGCAAACAUCUUCUGCUCCUUUUGCGUUGCAAGAAUUUCAAGAGGAAGAAUGAAAAUAGAGGCACGGGCCAGUGCACUGGUGCUAAUCAGAACGUAGCUUUUUGUGCACAAAACUCUGCAGUUUUGUUGGAAGCACCUGCCAAAUAGACAUUUACAUUCACAAUGCAACAUUCGUUCUGUUUUCUGUGAUGUAGUUUGUAUUUAUUUGAUUUCAUGUUUAAUUUUUCAUGCUUUGAAUGUUUUAUUGAAAAUGUUUAGAUCUGUUUAAUGUAUCAUUAUCAAUAUUAUUGAUAUUUUAUUUAAAUGUGUAAGUAAAAUAUAAUAAAAGUAAAAAGAGCAGAUGACAGUGAUGAUGAUGAGUGAAAUGUCAUGGCUGAACUUUCUCAGCCCUUAAUAGUGGUCAUUGCUGCAUUUUUUACUGUAACAUUUGUGAAUAAAGUUGAGCUGGAAUCUAUACUUCUGUUUUUCAUUCAGUUGUUGCAACAAGGCAAGACAGGCCAGACUUUUACUGCGCAAGUAUUUCAUACUUGGAAAGUGACUGCCUGGAAUCACAUUAACUUAAUAAGACUUAAUAAGACUAAAUAUACUAAUAGAACUGCUGAGAGCAACAGCAAGCUGUGCGUGGAGCGAGUCACACUAACUGCAUGUUCCAAGGUGGCAUUUUAUCUCUUUGACUUGUCGAACAUCACAUUUCAUCACCUGGCAAAUUAUUGAUGUAGAAAGUAAAUAGGAAAAGUUGAGAAUAUGGAAUCAAAAUUGAAACAAAAAGUCUGAGAAUGCUGCAUAAAACUUAAAAUAUUGACUUAAGCAUUAGAAUACUGAAUGAGACGUGAGAAUAUGAAAUUAAACUGAUCAUGCUGAAUAGACAGACUUUCUAUAAUACAUCUAAAUAGGGAAGAAAUUGCCCAAAUUGACAAAGGCCUGAAUUUUAUUUGCUGAUCCUUAUGCAAAGGUUGCAAGAAAAACAGAGAAAUAACACUUCACUUCCUCAAAGUGGUGGCUUCACCGGUGGUUGUUUCUGUUGUCUUUUUUUUCCUUCUUUUUCGUUUCCAGUAACCACUGUCCAGUUUCUGUUUAUUAUAAACGGUGCUUGUCAUGUUGUUAUGCAUGAGCUAUGAUAUUAGCUUCAUCCUUAGAUUGUCAUCAUACUUAUACUGUAUUUGUUAAUGGUUCACUUACUCAGAUACACUGUGUGCUUCUUGUUGUCUUGUGGCUGACUUGUUGUCAGUUACAUAUCUAAGACAGAAGAUGGUUGGUUUUGAAUACACAUGUAUUAUUCGAGACUUUUAUUCUGUCCUUUUCAU